UUGUUGCUGCUGGCAGGACGCAGGCCGCAGUGAUUUGGUAGCCGCUGCAGUAGGAGGAAGGACCGCGGUUCUACCAUUUCUAUCUUUCAGUUUCAUCUCGAGAUUUUGUUGGUGGUUUCGUUUGGUAGCUGAUCGGGUGAAGUGAAUGUAACAGUGAAGGUUGUUCUAUGAUAACAGAGUCGUAGUAUUACCCACGGAGAGUGACAUCAAUCGCCAUUUUAAUUGCACGUUUCCCUGACAGAACCGCUAGCACAACAAUGGCUCUGAAAAGAAUUCACAAGGAGUUGAACGACUUGGCAAGGGACCCACCGGCCCAGUGUUCUGCAGGACCAGUAGGAGAUGACAUGUUUCACUGGCAAGCCACAAUAAUGGGACCUAACGACAGUCCUUACCAGAGCGGGGUUUUCUUCUUGACCAUACACUUCCCCACAGACUACCCCUUCAAACCGCCAAAGGUUGCAUUUACCACACGAAUCUACCACCCAAAUAUCAACAGCAACGGCAGCAUUUGUCUUGACAUUCUGCGAUCACAGUGGUCUCCAGCUCUCACCAUCUCCAAAGUCCUCCUGUCCAUCUGCUCUCUGCUGUGCGACCCAAACCCGGAUGACCCCUUAGUACCUGAGAUCGCCCGCAUCUACAAGACGGACAGGGAAAAGUACAACAAAAUAGCUCGGGAAUGGACACAAAAGUAUGCAAUGUAGUGUUGGGGUAGAAUCAUGGCCAACCACCUCUACAUAAUAAGGUUAGGGGAGCUUCAGAUGUAAAGAGAAAACAAACAAAAAAACCAUUCAAACAAAUGAAGUUUAAAACAAGAUCUUGUUGGUUUCCAGUGGAGUGCUUUUUUUGAGCCACGCCUCCCCUUCACCAGAGUACCUGUAAAAACUCCCUCCGCCCCACCUCCCUACAUUUUCGCUCUCUCACUCUCUGUUGGACGCCUCCUUCUCCCUCAUCCCUUCCUGCCUCUCAGCUCACUUGACUACCCUACAGUGUACAAAAAGCCAACUUGCAAUGGUUGUUCACAUCUUUCCCAGCCCCCCCUUUUUUCAUCUCCUCCCUACCAUGUGACCUUUGAACCCAUCUCCUGACCUCUGUGUUCCAUUACAUUUUGUCACCAUGCAAGCUGGGCUGUCGCUGCCCAUAAAACUUCCCCUUUUUCAAAUCUUGAGGGGCUUUUCUCUUUAUUUCCCAUUUUUGUAGGAGGGUUGGGGACACACGUGAUGGAGGGAUUUUUACACUCUGUGCCCUUUCUUGUUUUACUGUUCUUGUAAUUCCCAUCUUUAGAGGUGACAAUUGAGGAAAGCGACUCUUGCUAGCGAGUCGAAGGGCACUCUGUAUUUUAUACAAUACAUUAAAGAAAUCAUCGCAAGAUAUAUAAAAUGGAGAAAAAAAAAAAUCACAUGGCCUAUUUUGGUCUUCUGUUGGAUUCUAUGAAAGGACUUGAAUUUAUCCCCCCACCUCCUGCUCCUGACUCCUCCCACCACACCUCACCCAAAAUGACCCCUUUGUACACACAAGUCGAUACACAUUCACGCACAAAUGUAAACACACGUCAUCCCCCACCCCACCACUUCCACCGACUUUUCUUUAUUCACAAAGUGAAGGUUCUGGACCAGGUAUUUAAGCUUUUUAUUUUUCUUAGUUUAACCUUUUUUUUUUUCUUUUUUUUCUUUUUUUACCUCUCCCCAUCCCCCCCAUAACUCUUUAGGAUGCAUUGUUUUUCUUUUCUUUUCUGUUUUUUUUUUUUUUUGCUAUUGGUAAAUUAGAGGCUAACAUCUUAAAUGGCUAUGGGACUGGCUUGGGCUCUGGGUGUGAGGAGAACCCACUCUUCUUGCACAAAACCUCUGUAUAUUGAAUUACCUGAGAGGCUCGUUGAGCUUUGUGUGUUGAUUAAACUGUGUAAUAAAACCCAAUGACUCCUA